GACCAGUGACGUUGAGGCCAGGCAGUCAACAACUUAUCAACCACACAACCACGCGAGGCCACACUGUCCUUUCCGAACACCAGACCGCCGAACUGCUCUUCGCGCAUCGUGCACACGUACUCCAGACUAAAGAGACCUUUGAGAUCCAAGAGAAGCACCCGACAAACAGAGCGCUCGACCAACAGAGCACUCGACGAACAGAGCACUUUCGAGCACCCAAGCACCCAAGCACCCAAGCUCCCAAGCUCCCAAGCUCCCCACCACUAUGGCGGAUGAAGUCGACAUCGCCGCGCUCUCCGCCGACCAACAACUCGCCCUCCAGCAAUUCACCGCCGUGACCGACCAGGCCCUCCAAGACGCCGUCCCGCUCCUCGAGCGAUGCCAGUGGAACGUGCAAAUCGCCAUUGCGCGCUUCUUCGAUGGCGAGCCCGCCGCCGCAGCAGCCCAGCCCGCGCCGCAAGACGUGCGGCGGCAGGAAACGCUGAUGAACGGCCUCGGCUCGCCGCGGUCAUCGAUGAGCAGUGGGAGGAGAGUCGGCGUCGAGCCCGCGCCGAGAGUGGUCCCGCAGCCAGAGAGUCAGGUCAACAUGCAAGCGCCGCUCGUCUUCACGCUGCUCUGGGCGCCCGUAUCGCUUCUCUACUCGCUACUCGCGAAAUACUUUCGUUUCAUGGGCUACCUCUUCCCCUUCGUCCCGCGCACUUGGGGCCGCCUCACAGCAUCCAACAUCCGGCACCCGCCCUCGCGCCCGUCUGCUGGCCGGCGCCCGCUGAACCCGCGCGACACGGCAGCGCGCUUCGUGCGGGAACUCGAGGAAGACUAUGGGCCGAAUGAGUUGCCGUUCCACGAGGGCGGGUACGCAAGCGCGUUCGAUCUGGCGAAGAAAGGCCUCAAAUUCCUGCUCGUCGUCCUCGUUUCGCCUGAGCACGAUCUCACGCCCUCCUUCCUCCGCGACACCCUCCUCUCGCCCGAGGUGGUGACUUUCAUCCGCGAUCCUGCCAACAACAUACUGCUCUGGGCCGGCAGCGUGAGCGACAGCGAAGCCUACAGCGUCUCCACCGCGCUGAACUGCACCAAGUUCCCCUUCUCCGGCCUCAUAGUCCACACCCCCUCCGUCAGCAGCUCCGCCAUGGGCAUCGCCGCCCGACUAUCCGGGCUCAUGCCACCCUCCCAGUACAUCGCCAAACUGCGCUCCGCAAUGGCGACGCACUCGGAACCGCUGAACCGCGUGAGAGCGCAGCGGGCGGAGCAGAACGCUACCAGGAACAUUCGCGAACAGCAAGAUAGUGCGUACGAGCGCAGCCUGGCCACCGAUCGUGAGCGCGCGAGGAAGAAGAAGGAAGCCGCCGAAGCCGCCGCGGCUGCUGAAGUAGCUGCGAGGGCAGCUGAGGAAGCCGCGGAGCGGCAUGCAAACCAGCUUGCGCAGUGGAAGAAAUGGCGCGCCGCCUCUCUUCCGCGCGAACCGGGACCGGACGUCAAGGACGUUGUUCGCAUCUCGUUGCGGAUGCCGAAUGCGGAGCGCGUGGUGCGGAGAUUUGCUGCCGACGCGCAGAUGGAGGAUCUGUAUGCCUUUGUCGAGUGCUACCACGUGCUCCAGUCCGGCGAGGACACCGGAGCCGUGCAAGAGCCAGCCCACUUCUCGCACGCAUACACAUUCCAGCUCGUCUCGCCCAUGCCGCGGGAAGUCUACGAGCUAAGCGCCGGCGGGACAGUCAAGGAGCGCAUCGGGCGGAGUGGGAAUCUGAUCGUCGAGCGGAUAGGCGGGGAUGACGAGUCUGAGGACGAGGAGGAGGAGGAGGAGGAGGAGGAGCAGUAAGUGGGUGUGGAGGAGUGCAGAGCAUCAUAAGGCGUUUUUAUCCCCCGAUACCUGUCAAGUAUCGACCGAUGUUGUUGUUGUUGUUGUUGUUGUUUGAUUUAGCGUGGGUUACUUACUGUACAUGGUUUUCAACAGCCGAGAUAGCAUCGAAUCAAAGACUUUCGCUCCGUGCUGCC